AUGCUGGAGUAUCGGGAUAAUGUGAGGUUAAUUCCCCAAAAAUAUCUCAAUGCGUAUCCUUGGGCAAGCUGCAGACCGAGUCAUCAUUGUUUUAUUAAGGCCUAUGCUUCGCUACUUCAAUAUCCUUGUUCUCCAAGGUUACGAGCUUAGUUUGUUGCUCUCAACAAAUGAGUGAACGUUCAUCGUCCCCGUGCCUGGAUGAAUCUACAAGACCGCGCGAUUUAUUAUAAAGGAUGAUGGAAAUAGUGACAUAACUACAACUUCUAAUUUCAACGACGACGAAGACCUAGUGGUGUCGUUCAUUACUCUGGGUAGCUUCUCCAAGGAAAUGGCUUACGCGAUGCUCCAUAAGUUUUUGCAUCAGAGCAAAAAAAGCUACGAAAAAAUAACUGGGAAGUGGGAAUUGUGAUCAUGAAGAAGUGUAGGAGGAGCUUAUGGUGCGCGCGUCAGUGGCUCUGGGGGUGAAGCAGAAUUCAUUGUCUUACGUGGUAAUUCCGAAAGUUUGUAACGCCGAUUUUCGUUUUUCUCGUCUCGUCCUGAACAAGAAGAUGAACAUGAAGUGCCUAUGCGCAGGCAUCGCCACAAUCCAUUCGGGUAAGCGCACCCAAGCACAUUAUUUAGCGAUUUUCUACGUGCGUUGAGAAUGAUGAUACAGCGCUGUCAUCAAGUUCAAGCUCCUGCGAACAUGCUGAACACCACUUGCGCUGCUGUGGUCUCAGCUCUUCGCAACACUCAAAAAUUCAAAAUCGAUGUAGUUUCAAC